GAAAAGUAAUCGCUAUGUCUCAGUCCAAAGGAAGUGGAAAAAGUCGUGGAUAUCGUAGCAAUAAGAAGAUCAACUUCGGUGACAAGGGAAAAGAAAUCGUGGAAAGCAUAAACGAAGACAGUUUGGUCGUACAACAGUUUCGAACAUAUGCGCUCGAAUUGGACGACAAACACGAUCGUUUCGAAAGAAUUGUUAAAAUUGGCAGAGAUGUUAUUAUUCAAAGUAAACGAAUUAUUUUUCUUUUACAUACUAUAGAUAAAAAGAGCAAGGUGGAAAACGUGUUGCAGGAAAGUGAAAUGGGAAUACAAAAUGUUGCCCAAAAUUUAUUCAGAUAUAUAGCAUGGGAAUUAGAGAAUCAAGACCCGUAUAUGUAUCUUAAAGCUUACCGUAAUGGUUUGCAAGAAUAUGUAGAAGCUGUUACAUUUUAUCAAUAUAUCUACAAUGCUAAUAUGGAAAGUUGGGUAGAAUUGGAAAAAAUACUUACCUACGACGUUUCUGAAAAAUCUACAAAUAAAACUAUACAAACUUUGGUCACACCCUUCCAAUUCAUCCUAGGAAUUGCAGACCUAACUGGAGAAUUAAUGCGCAAAUGUAUCAAUAACUUGGCAACAGGAGACAUAGCUAGUUGUUACCAAACGUGCAAUUUUGUCAGAAGUAUGUACAAGGGAUUUCUUGGUUCUACGAGUACAUCCAACAAAGAAAUACAUAGGAAACUUUGUACCUUAAGGCAAAGCCUCCAUAAAGUGGAAAAUGUUUGUUAUACGAUUAAAGUAAGAGGUUCGGAAAUACCGAAACACAUACUUGUGGAUGUGGCUACUGAAGAAUAUGUGGAAAAUGAUGAAAGAUACGAAGCUUAUUAAAUGCUUAUAAACAUUGAAAGAAUAAUAAAUAGCAAACUUACAGAUAUAUCGCAAAUAUUUUAUAGCUAUUUUUAAAUGUUUAUUUAACCGUUUAAGUGCUGACAAGCGCGAUCGCGCUGCUGCCUGUUAUUGUAAUUUCUGCGUUCACUGCCGCCGAUACUUGUGAUGACAAAUAAAAAAUAUUUUAUUCUAUGUUUCUAUGUCGU